AUGGCUGCAGCUGGUUAUACACGUUCACAAAAUUAUUCAACAAUUCAAGAUGAUGAUGAUGCAGCACUUGAUAUUCAAGGAGAUUCAAAUAAUAAAAAUUCAACGGAUAAUAAUAGUGUAAAACAACUUCAUGGUCAAGUUCAAGAAGUUGUUGGUGUUAUGAAAAAUAAUAUUGAUAAACUAUUAGAUCGUGAUGUUGCAUUAAAUAAUCUUGUAACACGUUCUGAUGAUCUUCAAUUAUCGGCUACAUCAUAUAAUCGAACAGCAAAACAAUUACAAAGAAAAUAUUGGUGGAAAAAUGCGAAAACAAAUAUGUGCAUUGCUGGUAUUGUUAUUACAGUUGUAAUUAUCAUUAUAAUGUCAAUUACAUUGAAUCGUCGUGGAAAGAACUAA